CGGUGUUCUUUUUUUUUUCCUCCGACGCAGCGUGCCAUACCUCUGCACUUUCAUUACAGAUGUGGAUACGCUGUGCUGGAAUUAUCGGCAGAAAUACUCAUCUGGGCGACGAGCUUACCACGGCAGCGCAUUUUCAUGAUAAUGGAACUCUCGGACCCGGCACGUGCUCUGAAAGUUGCCGCGGUUCUGUGCACGUGUUUUGCUGCAUUUGAAGUCUUCAAUCUGAGGUCCCUACCUUCACGAAAACUAAAACAGUGUACCAUCAUAGACAUAGCGUAUUUGGUUGUCUGCUGUGGGACAUUUGUAGUCUUGUUGCUGCGCGGCUAUGAGCGCCUGAAAAUUGAUUGUUGCUGUCUGGCUGCGGCACACUCGUGGGAGGAAAUCAUUUUGUUUAUUAUCUCCAUCAUUACAACGGUGGUCCCAGGCAUUGUACUUUUUCUGCGGCGAUAUCAUGAUGGGGGUGCUCCAGCCAUCGUUUGUGUUGUUCAUGGCAUCAUGUUCACUGCUGACAUCAGCGACGUUUUACAUGCUGUAGACAAGUUCAAUGAGAAAUUUGGGAGCCUCGUUCGCACUUACCCAACUAAAGAGGAAACACUCUUGGCCGUUUGCAGUUUUCUGAGCUUCGGAAUGUUUGUUAUAUCUGCAAUGGCCUACAACCCAAUUCAUCAACAAAGAAAAAUAAAGAUUAAAAAACAUCAGAACAUCGAUGACUCCUCGGUUUUUGCGAAAGUGCUAAUGACGGUUCUGUGGCGGCACUUCGGUAACGUAAUUCUCAAAUCAAAACUUUUAUUAGAUGACAUCCCAAGGCUUACUAGUCGCCUAGUGUGCUGCUCUAAAAGCCAGAACGACUCCGAGAAAUUCAUCAGAAAGACGCUACGCAUGCGGAGUGCACUCAGAUUUUACAUAGGCGUUUUACGAUACUCUUGGUGGGAACAAUUGUGGUCAAGUGCGGCGACACUAUUCUACUAUUCAACAUUGAUGCUCCGAAUCCCUCUGUUUGGAGGCCUAAUGGGUGUACACAGUACGGGCUCUUUCAACCAGGCUCUUUUGCUCCUGUCUGCAGCAUGUAUUUCGGAGUGUCUCAUCUGUAGCACGCAAUCUUACUUUUUCAUUAAAACCCAGUUAAAGGCGCAGCUGCUUCUUCAAACGGCAGUGUUUAAAAAGGUUACCAGCCUAUCUGCAGCUGCCAUUGCCGAUUACCCUUGUGGCAACGUUUGCUCGCUUCUGGUGGGUGACGCCUGGCUUGUAUCCUUGUCCACAUCCUACCUGGCAACAGCCUUUAUGGGCGUGGUGUGCAUGGCAAUCACACUGGCUAUGCUCGCUCAUCAGAUGGGAUACGUUCCGGCAUGUGCCUGUCUGGCAUGGUUGGCUCUGGUUGCAAUUGCCUCCUUCUCUGUAGGUCCUCUACUUGACCGGUGCUACGCAAAAUUCUACGAUCACCGAGAUGCAAGAUACAAGAAAUUGAGUGACUUCCUUUCGUCAAUACGAAUGAUCAAGAUGUCCGCCCUGGAAAAUGUGUUUCAGUGCAAACUUCUCCAACUGAGAUCCAAAGAAAUCGACCAAGCACUCCACAUCAACGCUUUGGAGAGCAUCAUAGAGACCAUGUUUAGCAUAUCAAGCUCUCUGAUGAUAUUGCUUGCCUUCACGGCUGUCAUGUUCCAAAAUGAUCAGAACGCUAUUGACGCUGCCACAAUGUUUUCAUCCGUGUACCUUCUCACGCUAUCGGAUAUCUUCACAAAUACGACACCACAUCUAGUAAGACUGAAGAGUCCGGCAUUUCGCAGCUGUCGGAGGCUAAUGUCUUAUUUUUCUGAAGAAGAGCACUCUGCUAACAUAGCUGAGCCACAGGAUUGCCCACAAGUUUCAAAUAGUGAAAUCAUCAUAAGAAACGGUUCCUUUGCUUGGGCUAAGAGAUGUGGCGACGUGCAAACUCCUACUCUGAAAGACAUAAACCUACAUAUAAGGAGCGGUUCUAUUGUCGGCGUCGUUGGUGCUGUAGGCAGUGGCAAGACUUCCCUUCUCUCAGCCAUUGCCGGGGAUAUGAGGUGCUUGGAAGGUGUUCGAGCUACUAAGGGAUCCAUGGCAAUCGUGCCGCAGACGCCUCAAGUGUUAAACAUUUCCAUAAGAGACAACAUUACCUUUGGAAGGAAGUAUGACGACAUACUUUACAGAACCGUGUUGCAAGCUUGUCAGUUACUUGCAGAUAUACAGAGAUUGCCAGCCGGCGAUUUGACCGAAGCAGGAGACAAGGGUGAAAUGCUGAGUGGUGGGCAGAAGCAACGCGUGUGCAUUGCACGUGCAUUGUACAGCAGGAGCGACAUCUAUCUCCUGGAUGAUCCCACGAGUUCCCAAGAUGCACAUGUAAAGCAAAAGAUUCUUGAGCACAUCUUCGGACAAGAUGGAGUUCUUUCAGGCAAGACGUGCGUCUUGGUGACACAAACAGCGCGACUUCCAUUUUCUAUACGUCAAUGGCUGCUGAUGCAUGACAAGAAUGCCGUGCUCAUCGACGACGUCAAGAAUGUGAAGAUUUGGCACAAUGCAGCGCCUUUUCAUUACUUGGAAGAACCAAAAUUUCCAGCUCUGAUAUGCCAAACCGAAGAUUCGAGGUCACACCAAGCCAGGAGUGCAAGAGAUGCAGCGAUUUUCCCGAAAGAUAAAGUGCCAUCUCACAAAGGCUUUCUCGAUGUCUGCGUGGCUUACUUCAAGUACUCUGGGAUAUGCGCAGUGCUCGCCUUGAUUUGCUUCGCGGCUAGUGGAGCGUUCAUAGCCUGCCAGCUGUUCUGCAUCAAGGAGUGGUCAACCCUCAAGAUAAGCGAAACCGCCGACAACCACCCUUCUAGCCGGUUUAUUCUCCAGAGGCUAGCAGCAUUCUGCCUUGGAGAUGCACUGUGCAAGCUCGCCGGCGGUAUUUUGCUGUCCCGGGCAACAUGGCAUUGGUCCACCAAACUUCACAUCGACAUGCUGGAGAAGAUAGUGAGAAGUCCUCUCUCUUUUUUUGAUUCGACAGCGCGUGGAAGGAUCCUGAACCGUUUCACAGUUGAUCUGGAAACUAACGAUGUCCGCAUCUUCGUGGCUUACAAGCAGCUGCUCCAAAACAUAUUCUGCUUUCUGGGAAGACAGGUCGUCAUCGGAUCCCAGGCACCCAUCGUCUUUGGCAUCGCUUGUGUCACUGAGAUUUUUCUGGUGUUUGUGGUGCGUUACUGCUUACACGUCAAUGUCGUAGGACGUUUUUACGAGAGCACAAGGUUGUCCAGAGUCCUGCAGCAUGUGACCGAAACAUUGGAAAACUUGGGCUCAAUACGAGUUUUCGGAGUAGUAGAAAACUUCCUCGGCCUCUUUAGGCGACUCAUGAAUGAAUACGUACGCGCAUUCCACUUGUUCAUCAUUUGCUACGCGUUCACACGCUUUGUGGUUACGUUCAGCGCCCAGAUUGUCCCAGUCGCCACCGCAUUCGUCGUCGUUGUUCCGGCACAGGACGAUGCUGCAUCUCCAGCCACCGUGGGUCUCCCUCUGCUGUCGUCAUUGACGGUGCCUUUCGCUAUAACAGGAGUUUUUAUGGUCGUAUUUUGGAUGACCCAGGGUGAUGUAGCCUUCAAACGUGCACUCGAAUACACUGAGCUACCAGAAGAAGAAGCAAUGGCAUCUAAUGACAACUGUUUGAAUGGGGACAAAGAUUUCGGGUGUGGCGGAGUCUUCAUCAAGACAAAUUUUGAGCGUUGGCCUUGCCAUGGUGCAGUGGAGUUUCAUCAUUACAACGCUUCGUACCGACCAGGCACAACCGAAGAUGCCAUAAAGGAUAUUUCAUUCAGUGUCCAGCCCGGAGAGAAGGUAGCUAUCGUGGGCAGAACCGGUGCAGGAAAGUCUUCCAUUAUACUCGCGUUGUUGCGUAUGAUUCCAUGCACAUCAGGCACUGUAACCAUUGAUGGAAUUGACAUUACUUGCGUGCCGCUGAAGACACUUCGCUCUGCAAUCAGCGUCAUUCACCAAGACCCAUCGCUGUGGUCCGGAUCGCUGCGCGAAAAUUUGGACCCCGAAUGCUGCAGGUCAGAUGGAGAGAUAUGGACAGUUCUUCAACGCGUCGACUUGAGUACAUUUGUCGAAAAAAGCGUCAGUGGCCUCUCUUUGGUCAUAGGUGAAAAGGGUGAUAAAUUGAGUGUCGGCCAACGUCAACUGGUGUCACUGGCCCGCGCACUGCUUAGAGGGACCAAAAUUCUUGUUCUCGACGAGGCCACAUCCCAAAUGGACCCGGAGACGGAUCGUAGGGUGCAGGCAACACUACGAGAGAGCUUCGCUCAUUGCGCAGUUAUUACAGUUGCGCAUCGCAUCGAUACCAUACUGGAUUACGACAGGGUUGUCGUGAUGGGCGAAGGACGAGUUUUGGAAUAUGGACCGGUUCGGCAACUGCUCGCCGACCAAAGUUCUGCCUUUCGUAGCUUGGUGCAAUGUUCCGGCAUAGACCCCGAUAUAAUAUUGCAGUGUUCACAGAUGAAAUAAGUCAACACUUAGAUUCACGAAACGAUGUUCACUGCCUCAAUCUAUUAUCCGAAAUUUAGCUCCUGCAGGUCACCUAUAGUAACAAUAUUACCGGAUGUUCUUUAAGAGUGCACCUGCUCGCCUGCGUUGAUGGACUUUCAAAGUACAGUCGAAUAAAAACGCUUAGUAUCGUAC